GCAACUCUUUUUUUUUCAGUGGAUUUGCAUUUCUUCUUCUUCCAGUUUUAUUGGGUUGCCCACUUUCUCUCUCUUCUAGGGUUUAAGCGACUGGCUGGCUGGCGGGGCUGCCCUCUCAGCUAGGGUUUUUCUCUCCUUCCCCAAUUCUCCAACCGGCCCCCACAAAUGGUCCGCUCAAACGGCCUCAGACUCGUCCACCGCCUCGCUCUCCGCUCUCUCGCUUCUCAUCUCCUCCACGGUUCUUCUUCUUCGCUAAAUGAAGCGUUGCUGAGAGGCGGGUAUAGGAGUUUCAGCACUGCAUUUUGCAAUCAAAAUAGGGUCUUUAGAUUUUCCAACUCGAGAAAUGUAAAUGAUGGAAGAGAACGGCUGAGACUAGGAUCAUUAGUAGCUAAUUUGGGUGCGGCGCGAUCAAUUCAUGCCACAGCUACUACAUCAGGGGAUUACUAUGAUGUCCUUGGAGUAAGUAGGAAUGCCACCCCAUCAGAGAUCAAGAAAGCUUAUUAUGGGCUUGCAAAAAACUUGCACCCUGAUACCAAUAAAAAUGAUCCUGGAGCCGCGGCAAAAUUCCAAGAAGUUCAGGAGGCAUAUGAGGUUCUGAAAGAUGAGAAGAAACGCGCGGAGUAUGAUGAGGUUGGCCAUGAUGCUUUUAAAAUUAAUAGACAGAAUGGUGGUGCUGGGUACGACCCAUUUCAAGAAGGCGGCUUUAACCCUUUUCAGGAAUUCUUUCAUGGUUUUGAUUUUAUGAGAAAUGUGAAAAAUAUGGGCGGCGAAGAUGUCAAGGUCUCUAUUGAACUGUCCUUCAUGGAAGCAGUUCAAGGAUGCUCCAAAACUAUAAGUUUCCAGACUGAAAUACCUUGCAAUACUUGUGGUGGAGCAGGUGUUCCUCCAGGCACGCGCCCUGAAACUUGUCCAGUUUGUAGAGGCUCUGGAACGGCAAAAUUUCAUGGAGGAAAUGUAUUUUUUCAGAUGAAUUGUCGGAAAUGUGGUGGGUCUGGAAAGAUUGUAUCGGAUGUCUGUAAGUCUUGCAAGGGGGAACGUGUUGUGAAAGGAACAAAAACUGUUAAACUAGAUAUCAAGCCAGGAGUAGACAAUGACCAAACUAUGAAGGUCUAUGGAAGUGGUGGAGCAGAUCCAGAAGGCAAUCAAUCAGGAGAUCUUUAUGUUACUAUCAAGGUGAGAGAGGACCCUGUUUUCCGGAGAGAAGGGGCUGAUAUUCACGUUGAUGCUGUUCUCAGUAUCACUCAGGCUAUCUUGGGAGGGACAAUCCAAGUUCCGACUUUGACUGGAGAUGUUGUUCUCAAGGUUCGUCCUGGUACCCAACCCGGCCAAAAGGUUGUCCUGAAAAGGAAAGGGAUUAAGACAAGCAACUCGUUCUCAUUUGGAGAUCAAUUUGUGCACUUCAACGUCAGCAUCCCAGCGAAUUUGACGCAAAGGCAGCGUCGUCUAAUUGAGGAAUUUGCCAAAGAAGAACAAGGCGAAUAUGACAAGGGUGCUGCAGCAGGUGCUUCUGGCUGAGCGAAGUUGUAGCCGGGUUGCUGUGUUAACGGCCCAUAUGUCGUAGAUGGAGGAGGGAUUAAGCACACUGAUACACCAUUAGAGAGCUGGAUGUUGUUAAUGCAAAUAUAGUCCAUCAUUGGCCCCCUCUUCCUUUUUGGUUUCUUGGUAGGCAAGAAAUGUGCUGUUUUACUUGGUCUAAACUGAACAGGGUUCACCAUUUUGUUUGAGGUGAAGUCAUCUGGCAUUACGCCUCUUGGCUAUUUGUAUAUAAGAGGCAUUAUUUUUUCAGAUAAAAGAAAAGGUUAAACACGCAUAUGGCAGCUGCCAAUGAUAUAAAGUAGGGUUUAUCUC